GUGCACAAUUCUCAAAAAAAUUAGAGUUCAAGCGCCUAGCUAGAAACCCUUUUGCAUUCAAUAUUUUUAGCUUGUUCCCUUGCAGCUUAAUCAUGGCUUUCAAACUUCUUGGGUUCUUUGUAGUUAGCUUAUUAGUUGUCAUCAACCAUUUUGUUAAGUUUUCUUAUUGCUUUAUGUUCAAUGCAACAGUGUCUCCAGAUGGUAGUGGAAAUUUUGUUCGAGUUAGUGAUGCUAUAGCGGCAGCACCUAACUUUAGCACCACUAGAUUUUAUAUUCAUGUGAAACCUGGCAUUUACAAAGAACAUGUUGAAGUUCCAGUUCAAAAGACGUUUAUUGCUUUGAUUGGAGAAGAUGCUUCUACGACAAUCAUUGUUGACAAUAGAAGUAACGGGAGUGGAUUUUCAACUCAAACUACUGCAACCCUUAUUGUGAAGGGUCAAAAUUUCAUGGCGCAAUUCUUGACUUUUGAAAACUCUGCCGAACAAAAGGAAGGCCAAGCAAUAGCCGUUAUGGACCAAGCUAAACACACAGCGUACUACAAGUGUGUGUUUUUGAGUUAUCAGGAUACUCUCUAUGCAGGAGCAGUGCCUCAAUUCUUCAAGGAAUGUGAUAUAUAUGGAAGAAUUGACUUCAUUUUUGGAAAUGGGCUUGUAGUAUUCCAAGACUGUAAUAUAUAUGCUCGAAUACCAGGCACUCACAUUAUAGUCACCGCACAAUCCAAAAACGCAGUAGAAGACCAAAGCGGCUUCAUUUUCCAAAACUGCAAUGUGACAGUGUCACCAGAGAUAGCAUCAAGUAAGGACAAUGUUACUAUGUUUCUUGGACGGCCAUGGAGAGACUAUUCGAUGGUCAUUUUCAUGGAGUCGUUCCUUGACAGGGUAGUUCAACCAAAAGGAUGGUUAGAGUGGCCGGGAAGACCAGUAAAUCUACUAUUUUAUGCUGAAUAUAAUAAUCGCGGUCCGGGAGCUGACACUUCUCAACGGGUAGAUUGGCCUGGUUAUCAUGUAUUGCACAAUGCCAUGGAAGUUACAAAGUUUACUGUUGAAAACUUUAUUAAUGGGACUAAAUGGUUGCCAGAAACUGGCAUACCUUUUAGGGCUGGUUUGUAAGUACCGUUGAGACGUAGCACUCGAUUCUAUCCAAUGAUAUUGUA